AUGUAUGAACAGGAACGACCCAGGUGCAGUCGUGCAUGGAGCUCAGUCAUGCUGUACAAUGUCCACAGGAGGUCAGUAGUGAGAGUAGGCAGAGGUCAGGCGGCGGAGGACACGAGCAUGGACGAACUAGUGGACAACAGUGUUGGCAUGGAGGACCUGCUGAGGAGGCCUUCGCUGAAGGAGAGUUUCCACAGCGACUCACUGCUGGCACAGGACAGUGACUUCAUGACAGAUGACCACAGUUCAGCAGCCAGUGGCCUGGACAUGGUGGACCGUUUGACCUACCUGGAGCAGAGGAUGCAGAUGCAGGAGGAUGAAAUCCAGCUGUUGAAGAUGGCUCUGGCCGACGUUCUCAAGAGGCUCAACAUCUCUGAGGAACACCAGGCAGCUGCUGCUGCUGCAGGCAGGAAGGUGCCGGCUUUUAAAGCCAGACCAGUAUCUCUGACUCUGCCCUCCAGACCCACCGUGGUGCAGCAGAGUUCAGCCUCUCUUAAGAAGAACUCCCCGCUACCCUCUAGCGUCCCAGUCAGGAAUUACAGCCCAACUCCAUCGCUCAGUAGCGUGAAGAGCCAGCCGGGGAGUGUGAAGGACAGCCCAUGUAGAAGCACCAAGACACGGCCCACAUCAGCAGCAUCAAUGUGUAAAAAAGAGGGCAAGUCCAAGGAGGCUGCAGCCAGUGCAGGGACAAGACGUGUGACCCACUGUAAAGUGACUAUGCAGAUCUAUCUGAGCCCCCACCCAAAAAGGACUGGGUCUUCUGAGAUUGCCAAAUCAGCCUCUGAGGUGCCGACCAACACCGUCGCUGACAACGCUCAGAGUAAGGAGGGCGGCAGGAAUGAGGCCAACAAACCUCCACCGUCCUUUACCUUAAACCUGCAGAAGACCUCAAGCAGCCACAGAACGCAGCAGGACAAGUCCAGCUACAAAAGCCCCACCAAGUCACCCAGCCAGUACUUCCAGAUCUGCUACUGAACCAACUAAACAGAAUGAUUUAUUUGGUUCAAUCUGGACCUAAUGACAUUUCAAAUUUGUUGAACUAACACCACGUAACAUCACAAUUUAUAAACCAAUAGCAUUCAAUAACACAAAGACACAAAGAGAAAAUAAAAGUGCAGUCGACAAUCAUCACUUGGACCUUGAAAACUUCCUCCCAUUUCCGUCCCCCCGGUCAUGUCUCCGUUCCCCAUCAGUGGGGCCCGCCCCACACUUUGAGAAGCACUGUGUCAAAUUAAGAUUAUUACAGUAUUCCAAAAAUAUAUUCCUUCAAAAUGUUUCCUUUAUUUAUAUUAAUACAGUAUGAGUGUUUGUUUUUAGUAGUUUGUAGUAUGUUUUAAGCUCACGGUUUAGCCGACCCGUUCUCUAAAAAGGCUUCAUCCUUCAUCUUUAAGCUUCAGUGUUCACUGUUUUUUGUACGUACAGUUUGGUAGUGUUUUAAUAUGUUGGGUCAAAAACUUCUUGUUAGUUUGUUUAUGUGAUGUUUGAUGUAGAAAAAAACAGACUCGUGUUUGUGUCUUUAUUACUCUCAGAAAAAAAAUCCUGGUUCAGCAAGAACAAUAAACUGUGAAAAAUUUAAAAAUGAAUGCCAUUAGACUAGUUUUCUCAGAAAAUUCAUUCAUUAAAAAAAGCUCAUGUUUUAUGUCUACCACAAUUUAAAGUAAAUGCAGUUUAAGGAGUCAGGAGAUAAUCUUGGUGCAGAGUAGUUCUUACUUUUGACUCUACCACUAGGAUGGACAUA